UCUCUUCUCCUGGGAUUUAUGCUCGGAAAUGGCGGCCUCGAGACUGUCAUCGGCGAUCGCCGUGGCGGCGGCGGCGGCCUUGUCCACGCUAUCGACCCGCGCGUACGCCGACGCUCCCUUCCGCUUCCCGGGCUUCUCCUCGGCGCCGCCUCCGCCUCCGUCGCAGCGCGCCGAGGACGCUCCUCCCGACGCGGCCUCGCCGGCGAAGCCCGAGCCUCCUGAGGAGCCGCGGGGGGCGGGGUUCGACCCGGAGGCGUUGGAGAGGGGAGCGAAGGCCCUCCGGGAAAUCAAUAGCUCCCCUCAUGCGAAACAGGUUUUUGAGGUGAUGAGAAAGCAAGAACAGAAUCGUUUGGCUGAGGUAGCUGCGGAGAAGGUCCAUUACGAGUUAAUUCAAGCUCAAACUGACAUUGACAGACAGAGGAAACUGGCUGAAGAGCAGAGAAAUUUGGUUCAGCAACAAGCACAGGCAAAAGCUCAAAUGCUUAGAUAUGAAGAUGAGUUGGCGAGAAAGAGAAAGCAGACAGACCAUGAAGCUCAGAGGCGCCAUAAUGCUGAAUUGGUUCAGAUGCAAGAGGAAUCCUCUGUAAGAAAAGAGCAGCAAAAACGGGCGACUGAGGAACAGAUUCAAGCCCAACAACGGCAAACUGAGAAAGAAAGAGCUGAAAUAGAGCGAGAAACUAUAAGAGUGAAGGCCAUGGCUGAGGCCGAAGGCCGGGCCCAUGAAGCGAAAUUGACAGAAGACCACAAUAGGAGAAUGCUUAUAGAACGAAUCAAUGGUGAAAGAGAGAAGUGGCUUGCUGCCAUCAAUACAUUGUUUAGUCAUAUUGAAGGUGGUUUUAGGAUAUUACUGAAUGAUAGAAACACAUUGGUCAUGACUGUCGGUGGAGCUACUGCAUUAGCUGCAGGAAUUUACACCACCAGGGAAGGUGCUCGAGUCACAUGGGGUUACAUAAACCGAAUACUUGGGCAGCCCUCACUUAUUCGGGAAUCAUCCAUUUCUAAAUUUCCUUGGUCGGGCCUUGUUUCUCGGGGAGGAAACAAACUUAUGAAUUAUAGCACUGCUGCUGCAGCUGGCUCCACAGUGCUUUCAGAGAAUAAAAGCGGACUUGGAAAUAUUGUUCUCCACCCUUCAUUGCAGAAAAGAAUAGAACAACUUGCUAGAGCUACAGCAAACACCAAGGCUCACGAGGCUCCAUUCCGCAAUAUGCUGUUUUAUGGACCUCCUGGCACAGGAAAAACUAUGGUCGCUAGGGAGAUAGCUCGGAAAUCGGGUUUAGAUUAUGCCAUGAUGACCGGAGGAGAUGUUGCCCCACUAGGUCCACAGGCCGUCACCAAAAUCCAUCAAAUAUUUGACUGGGCUAAAAAGUCAAAGAAGGGUCUCCUUCUCUUCAUAGAUGAGGCAGAUGCUUUUCUAUGCGAGCGUAACAGUAGAUAUAUGAGCGAGGCUCAGCGUAGUGCCCUAAAUGCUUUGCUCUUCCGGACUGGAGAUCAAUCCAGAGACAUUGUUCUAGUCCUAGCAACUAACCGGCCUGGGGAUCUUGAUAAAGCUGUGACUGACCGCAUUGAUGAAGUGAUUGAGUUCCCACUCCCUGGGGAGGAGGAACGAUUUAGACUUCUAAAACUCUAUUUGAGGAAGUACCUUUGCGGCGAAGGGGACGAAACAUCUCAGUGGGGUUCUCUAUUUAAGAAGCAGCCUCAAAAGAUAACCAUAGAAGACAUAUCAGAUGAUGUGCUUCAAGAAGCUGCUCGGAAGAUGGAGGGCUUCUCUGGCCGUGAGAUAGCAAAACUAAUGGCCAGUGUGCAAGCAGCUGUCUAUGGAAGGCCAGACUGUGUCUUAGAUGCCGAUCUUUUCAAGGAGAUUGUAGAAUACAAAGUUGGAGAGCAUCAACAGCGGAUAAAAUUGGCAGCCAAUGGUGGUCAACCUGCCUAGAUUCUGGUUUGCAAUUUGUUUCUGUUCUUUCUAAUGGAGAGGCUGCUUUCCCAAAUUUUGACCGGUGAAAUCGUCUCAUUUGUAAUUCUUGCUUUAAAUGGAGAGGCAGCCGGUGAAGUCGUGUUUCUAUGCGAUUUUUUGGUAGAUGGAGUAAUGCUCAUACUGUACAAAACGCUUGAAAUCCGGGGAAGUAGAUAGAAGGAAGCAGCGGUGCUCCUUCAAGAGGUUUUACACGGCGGCUGUUGCAGCUGCUGCUUCCACCUGAUUGAGAUGAACCUUUUUUGCCUUUUCACGGGCGAGUUAUCCGUCAGAAAAGAUAAUAAAAUCCAUUUUUAUCCCAAAUAAUGGGAAGAAUUCACGUGGUGUACAUCUUCAUGUAUUCGGCAUACGAUAUUGAGGUGGUUCCUAAUCUUUGGUCAA